AUGCUUGACUUCACACAUGGCGUCUUCGGAUUGGACACCCCUUUCAGUGUUGUGGCCACAACCCAUCUCACAAAUUCAACUACCAAUUUCCAGAACUACACUAUUUUGGAAGAGCCCAAGGAGAUUUUGGCUCCCAAGAUGGUGGCUUGCCACACCAUGCCUUACCCUUACGCAGUUUUCUACUGCCACAGCCAGAAAAGUGUGAACAAGGUUUUCAAGGUUUUGUUGGGCGGUGAGGAUGGAGAUAGGGUAGAAGCUGUUGCUGUUUGUCACUUGGACACCUCUCAAUGGAGUCCUAAUCAUGCAUCUUUUAGUGUGCUUAGGACUAAGCCCGGGGCUUCAGCUGUGUGUCAUUUCUUUCCUGCUGAUAAUCUUGUGUGGAUUCCAGCAUCCACUUCAAUGUAG